AUGGAGCCAUCACUGACCAACCUUUCCUCGUGGAUCUUCUUAAGCAAUGCUUCAUUGUCAGAAGGUGGAGAAUCGGCUGCAGCCCUGGGAGCCGUGCUGAGCCUAAUGUGUGCCACAGGGGUGGCUGGGAACCUCUACACGCUAGCCAUUGUGAGGGCCUCCCCAUCAGCUUCCUCACUGCGUGUCCAUCUGGUCAACCUGGCCCUGGCUGAUCUGCUGUAUCUCUCCACAGCCCCUUUCAUUGUCCACAAUGGGCUGGUCAAGGACUGGCCAUUUGGAGAGGUGGGCUGCCGGAUCCUCCUCAGCCUGGACCUCCUCACUAUGCACGCCAGCAUCUUCCUGCUCACCUUGAUGAGCUGUGAACGAUAUAGCGCUGUGGCACACCCAUUUCAGGCUGCAAGCCACACACGGAGAUGCCGGCGGCCCCUGGCUAUAGCCAUCUGGCUCCUGUCUUUUGCCCUGGCUCUCCCCAUGAUGGUGAUGAUCCACCAAGAGGAGCGCACAGUGGGGGAUGAAGCCAUCAUUCGGCGUCUCUGCUCCCCAACCUGGAGUGAGGAGCAGUACAGACUCUACCUGAGCAUCCUUUUCAGUACUAGCAUUGUGGCUCCUGGGGUGGUCAUCGGGUCCCUCUAUUGGCGUCUCGCGAGGACUUACUGGCUGUCUCAGACCCGUGGUGGCUUAGGCCGUACUCCUAAGAACCGUGUUUUCUUCCUCAUCCUCAUCAUUGUCCUGGCUUUUUGGGCUUGCUAUUUGCCCUUUUGGAUUUGGCAACUCCUGCCUCUUUACUGCCCAUCGGCUGCGCGUUUGCCAGUCCAGACGGAGAUCUCCAUCAACCACCUGGUGACCUGCUUGACGUAUGGCAACAGCUGCAUCAACCCUUUCCUCUACACCCUGCUAACACGCAACUACCAGGAGUACUUACGUGCUCGCCAACGGGGGAUGUCACACACCUCUCUGCGGUGUCUCCAAAGCAGAGCCAGGUCUCCAGGAGAAGGUGCUGAAGUUGUCUGA